GGUGCGGCGCAAAACCGACUACAACUUGUGCCGCUGCCGCGCGCGGCCGCACGGAUCCGCCACGAAACCGGCGGCCGCCGCCUCCUCCGCGCCUCUUCCUCCCCCUCCUCCUCGUCUCGUCACGCACCCACAACUCUCUUCUCCUCCGGUCUCCGGCUUUUUAUUCCCCCCCGCCUCCCUCGCUCGCUGCUGUUUUCUUCUCACCGGAGGAGCACCAGUGUGCUGCCUACUAGUACGUGCGUGCGAGAGAGACGAGUUUGUGUUCGACGAGAUGGAGAGAGGCGAUGGUGGAGGAGGCGGAGGGGGUGGGAUGGGGCCGAGGGGGGUGGUGGGGACGGCGGCAAUGCUGGGGCUGGACAUGCACCUCGCCCACCCGCCGAUGCACGCCGCCGCGUAUCAGCAGCCGGACCACCACGGCGGGGGCGGGGGGUUCCAGCAGGUGGCGGCGGUGAGGCAGCAGCAGCAGCAGCCGCCGGCGUACUCGCCGUACUCGACGAGGGUGGUCAAGGCGCCGGGGCAUGAGGAUGAGAUGGGCAACGGCGCCGGGAAGAGCGGCGGCGGCGUGGUGCAGCAGCCGGGGUCGGCUGGGUGCCCGUGGACGCGGAUGAAGUGGACGGACGGGAUGGUGCGGCUGCUGAUCAACGUGGUGUACAGCGUCGGUGACGACGGCGAUGGGGUGGCGGCGAGCGCGGCGGGAGGGAAGGCCGCGGUGGCGGGGCACGGGAAGGCGGGCGGCUCGGGGGGCCACGGCGGCGGGCACGGGCAGGCGGCGGCGCAGCAGAAGAAGGGCAAGUGGAAGUCGGUUUCGCGGGCGAUGAUGGAGAGGGGUUUCAUGGUGUCGCCGCAGCAGUGCGAGGACAAGUUCAACGACCUCAACAAGCGAUACAAGCGCGUCGUCGACCUGCUCGGCCGCGGCAAGGCGUGCAAGGUGGUCGAGAACCACGCGCUGCUCGACGCCAUGGACGAACUCACCCCCAAGGCCAAGGACGAGGCGCGCAAGCUGCUCAGCUCCAAGCACCUCUUCUUCCGCGAGAUGUGUGCCUACCACAACUCCGGCGCCGCCGCGGCCAACGCCGCGCAUGCGCCGCACGGCGGCGCCCCCGGCGAGGCCACCGCCUGCUUCCACCACCCGCCGCCCGCGUCCAUGGCCGCUGCCUCAUCCGCCGCGCGCCAGGCGGCAGCGGCGUCGAUGGCUCCUUCCCCUGGCAUGAAGGACUCCUCUGCUGGAGCGGAGGAUGACGACGACGACAGCGACGACGUCCCCAGCAGCAACGAGGUCGACGACGAUGACGAUGAUGAUGACGACGACGACGAGGAGGAGGUUGGCCCAGGGAUGAAAUCCCGCCGCAUCUACGGUGGCCACCGCGUCCACCAUCAUCACCACCACAACGGCCACCACAAGCGUCACCGCGGCGACGACGUCUCAUCCGCGGCCGCGGGGGACGACGACGACGAGGGCGGCGGCGGGAAGCGUGCGAGGGGGUCCUCAGCAGCAGCCGGCGGUGGCGACGACGAGGGCCCCUCCGCGGUGCAGCAGCUCCAGAGCGAGCUGGCCGCUGCCGUGGCCGGCGGCGGCGACCCGCAGCAGGUGCGGCAGUGGGUCCGGCGGCGCGCGGUGGAGGUGGAGGAGCAGCAGGUGGCGCACGAGGUGCGCGCCUACCACCUGGAGCGCCAGCGGCUCAAGUGGGAGCGGUUCCGCGCCAACAAGGAGCGGGACAUGGAGCGCGCGCGCCUCCGCAACGACCGCCUCCGCAUCGACGGCCGCCGCAUGCUCCUCCUCCUUCGCCAGAAGGACCUCGACUUCGACAUCGCCGAGGCCAACUCCUCCUCCGUCGACCACCUCACCUCCUCCCCCGCCCCUCCGCUCGCCGCCGCGCUCCAGCAACCACUCGGCUCCAGCCCCUCCACCGCCGCCGGCCACCCAAACUAAAGGCAAAAGCAGCAGCAGCAGCCAUGCACGUUGCCCCUGCAACUUGCCAUUCCUAGUAAUCCGCUCUCCUUUUUAAGUAAUAACUUAAAAAAGUUUUAGUAUAAACUAGCUGUAGCAUCAUGCCGUGGUAGUGUGUGCGCGCGCGCCCACAGCGUCAGUGACCCUGUGUGUGUCUGCUUUAUGGUUUGGUCAUGUGUCAGAUCAGACUUGCUACAAUUGGUUGGCCAGUUGGGCCUGUAGUUCUUUCAUCAACGAGGUAGGUGUUGGUAGAGAUGCCUAGCUAGGGAGUGAGAUUGUGAGAUUCGGUUAUAAUGUGAAUUAAUAGUACUGCAAUAUUGUGCUGCCAAUGGUGUUUUUAAUUAGCAUGCUACUGUUUCAGUUUCAUAUGCAUAGGAUAGGUAAAAUAGGUAAUCAUUUAUUUAUAUACUCCCUCUGUCCCAGAAAAAACCAAUUCUCUGAUU